AUGGUCUGGAAGGUGUUUAAUGGCAAGAAGAAGUACAAUUACAACAUCCCCUCAGCCUUCAACGAUGCGUUUGAGGAGCCCCAAAGUCUGGCAGGAGUGGGUAUCGUCUUCUUCAAAGCCCCGGACAACUCGUUGUUUGUCAAGGCCCUCGUGGAGGGCUCGAGUGCAGUCAACAGUGGCAUACAGCCGGGAGACUGUCUGAUGGAGGUUGAUGGGAAGAGUGUAUACUGCAAGGGGAUAGAAUCAGCUACAAAGGCAAUCCUUGGAGAAGUAGGAAGCAUGGUCAAACUCAAGCUUGUGAGGAUUGAGAAUGGCAGGAGAAUUCCAAUCAUCGCAAAUCUCAUCAGGGAGCUGAAAGCCACUGCUGAUCCAGAAUUCAAAAUUCAAAGUCAAGAACAGUACAAGAGCGGAGUCACCACUUCGCAGGUUUUCCUGGAGUGUUUGCAAGAGCUCGAAGCUUCUCAAGUGAAUAAAGUUGUCGACGAAAUCAAGGACACUGGCGCAGCUUUCAGAGAGGCACAGAAGCAUGUCAAUGAUGCGACACACAAUGAGGAGGAGCAAUACGCCGACUUGUUUGAAAAAGAUUCUGAUGAGGAAAUAACGCAAGAGCCCAAAGUUUCCUCGGAGAGGAUUGUAAAGUACCAGGGCAAGUGGUACACGGAAAGCAAGAUCAUGGAGUUGGAAAGGAAGACCAAGAAGGUGAAGAAAGUUCUGGAAGAAGUGGAGAAGAAUGGAGGAGUUCAAGAUUCUGUGAAGGCGUCUUUUAUGGACUCGAUGCAAGUGCCGGUGUACAGCAAUAUACAGGUCAGGAAGACGAAAUCGCUCGUUAUGGGACCAGCCGCAUCUGAUUCACAAGAGGAGGCGAUAUCAGCCUUGUCCAAGGAAGAGGAGAAGUUGAACAAUGACCCUCAGGCACUCAAAGCAGCUAUCUUUGUGGUCGGAGGAGGAAUGGUGGAGAAGAUGCUUACGUCGUCGAAGAUUGGAAAGAACAAGAAAACUGUCAACUUGAAGAUAACAACUGGCGGCGUGUUGACAUGGGGAAAGGAUAAAGAAGGUCACGUAAUGUGGAUCCAGCCGUGGAAGAAGCAGUACAGCCCGAGCAUGAACAAGGAAGAGUACUUGUCACUGAACAGGAAGUUCAUUGUGGCGAUCGAAGGCGGGCAAGUGAUGGCCCACUCGGCUCAAGGAGGUACCGUGAGGGCAGAGGUGAAGAGAGUCAUGGAGUUCUUGGCUCCCUCCUCUGAAGAACGGGACCUGUGGGUGACUGGGGUGAACAUGGUGCUUGCCAUGUCCAAGAGAGAGGCGGAAAAGAGGCAAUCGUGCCAGCGGGAGAAAGAGCUCUCCGGUUCAGCCUCCCAGCAGAACAGAUUGUUCAUAUCGCACCCCCUGCACGACGGGGCCUUCCGGAAGUCAACUUCGCCUGACCCGAUUCCCAAUGAUGAGGUGGAUGGUGCCUCGAAGCAUGAAAGAGCGUUGGCUCAGGUACCGGCAGCCAACGUCCCUCCUCCUCCGAAGCAGCGGAUGAGGCCGACCUCUGUCAAGAGGCUCAUCAGCAUCUUCAAGCCCAAGGCAAACGUCGAGAGCGAGGCCAACAAGAACAGCUGCAGCGACUCCGUCGAGUCAGACGGUGAAGAGCCGCCCCAGGAGCUGCCGAGAGACACGACGACAAGGCCGAGUGCCAAAGUCUGGGUCGGCAAGGGGAACAACGACAUGGAUCUCUUUCGUAUCUUUGACAGCGACGAUGAAGAGGAGGAGGAGGAGGAGGAGGAGGAGGAGGAGGUAGUUGCUCGUGCCUCCAAUCCCCCGGUCGGAGAGGAGUCAACUGCACCAGCAGGCCCGAACAGUGGCAGUGGUUCCGAGAGCAAUUCGGCUCAAACGUCGUUUUACAGCUCGAGCUCCCCGGUGCUGAAGGCAAGAGCGGCAGAAGACAGCUCUUCUUUCCUCAUGUCGUCCAAGACUGAGUUCGCCUCUGAGGCGGAGAGCCUGCUGAGCUCCUACGCUGCCUCCUCCCACCGUGACGCUCUCCGCAUCGAUGAGGUGGCUGUCGAACACGAGGAGGAGCCGAGGGCACCUCCCAGCGACCCCCCCGGUGAAAUCUUCCCCAAGGUACUGCCGCUUGUGCUGGGACUUGUCUCGAACGGUCGUCGCCUGACAGUCUUGCAGAUCAGCCCCAGCCUUUCGCCCUCUGACGUGGCGGCGGCCACUCCCUGUCAUUUACAGCACCUUCAUCUCUCGCCUGAUGAAUCAGAAUCAAAAGACUCGUCGCCCUCCAGUCAAGCCCCGAACCCUGCAGGCUCGCACGCUGCCUAUCCCAUCCUAGCAGACUUGUCUAAGAACCACAGCUCUGGGUCUGCUGAGCUGGAAAGUUUGGAGCUCUGCGAGGAAGGCGCCUCGAGCACUCCUGCGAUCGAGGAGCCGUACGGAGCCGUCAAGGGAGGGUUGUCGGACACGAGCGCUAUACCAGCUCAAGGGCCCAGCGAGGAUCUACUGCGCUCCAAGAUGACAAGCGUGACUCACCCGGUGCAGAACUUCUCCGGAGGAGAGCCCCGGCUGUCGUUCAGCAAGGAGGAGGAGCCGGCGGCUCGGCCUGUUUCAGUUGCUUCUCUGUCGCGGGUGCCUUGUGCGCAAGGGAGCUCCACCAAGACGUCUCUGAGCUCCAGCUCUCCGUCCAGGAGCUUUGCCGAGGUCGUGAAGUCGGACGAGCCGGCAGAGAAGGUCAAAGUGGAGCCCAAGCGCCUGAGCGUGAAGUCGUCGGGUGGUGGAGGAGGAGGAGGAAAUGCGCUGGCGGCGAUGAUGGCGGCCAGAAGGAAAAUGGUGGACGAGAACGACGACGAGGGAUAUUAUUUCUGA